AGAUGCACCAUCGCUUUCAGACUGACCUCGAUUUGAACGAAACUACCAGCUGCAGCUAGCCACAGCCUGAAAACCCCACACUUUUGGAGCACUCACGCAACAUCCUUCGGUAAGCAACCCUUGGUCGAUCGAUGGCGAGUGGUCGGUUGAGCUUCGUCGUCGUCGUGGCCGCCCUCGUCGCGUCCGCGGGUCUCAUGCCGCCGUCUGCCGUCGCCGAGCUGAAGACAGACUACUAUGCCAGCACCUGCCCUAACCUGGAGGUCAUCGUCCGGAGCUCCGUGAAGCAGUCCAUGGCGCAGUCACCCAUCUCCGCGCCCGCCGCGCUCAGGCUCUUCUUCCACGAUUGCGCCGUCAGGGGCUGCGACGCGUCGAUCAUGAUCGUGAACUCCAACGGCGACGACGAGUGGCGGAACAGCGACAACCAGUCGCUCAAGCCGGAGGGGUUUCAGACCAUCCUGAACGCCAAGGCCGCCGUGGACAGCGACCCGCAAUGCCAGUACAAGGUUUCCUGCGCCGACAUCAUGGCCAUCGCAGCCAGAGAAUCCGUCUACCAGAGCGGCGGGCCGUACUACGAGGUGGAGUUGGGACGGUACGACGGCCGGGUGUCCACCAGGGACGGCGUCGUGCUGCCGCAUGCCAACUUCAACCUCGACCAGCUCAACGCCUUCUUCUCCGGCCUCGGCUUCUCCCAGGCUGAAAUGGUCGCGCUGUCAGGCGCCCACACCCUCGGCGCCGCGGACUGCCCCUUCUUCCAGUACAGGAUCGGCAGCGACGCGACCAUGGACCCCGGCUUCGCGUCGCAGCUGAAAGACACCUGCAGCUCCGACCCCAACGCCUUCGCCUUCCUCGACCCGUCGCCGGUGGGCUUCGACAACGCCUUCUACCGGAACCUGCAGGGCGGCAAGGGGCUCCUGGGCUCCGAUCAGGUGCUCUACUCCGACACGAGGUCCCGCGGCACGGUCAACUACUACGCGUCCAACCAGGGCGCCUUCUUCGCCGACUUCGUGGCGGCGAUGACAAAGCUCGGGAGGAUAGGGGUCAAGACGCCCGCCACCGGCGGCGAGAUACGCCGGGACUGCCGGUUCCCGAACUAGUUACUACUAGCUAGUUAACCUCGCCGGCAGGUUGGCACUUGACACCAUCGUACAUUACUACAUUAAUUGACCUCAGUACAGUGCUACUAGUAGUCUACAAUGACUGUACAAUUACAAAUUUACAAUAAGCUCAUCAUGGCUUUGAUUAAGGGAGCUGAUGUGUGUAUAAUACGAGCUCCUCAUGUGGGCCAUGUGGCCUUGUGUGUUCUUUUCAAUGUUGCCAUCUCAAGCAACCAUUCUUUAUG